UCUUCAUCAUCAUGCGCUAAAUCUUUGCUUCUCCCUCUCUCGUUCUCACUCACUACUACCUUGUCCUUAAAACAAAUAUCCGUCCCUUUUUAGGAUGGCUGGCUUCUCCCUCUCUACCCCUCCCCCUCCAAGUUGAUGUUGUGACUUGUGAAAAUUAAAGAGGAAUACAAGAAGGAGCGAACCUCUCCAGUGAUGUCUGGCAGCAGAAGAUCUGAAGCUUCACCGCUCACACAGGAUGAGAUUAACGAUCUUGUCCUCAAAUCACAGGAAUUAUUACCAGAAAUUCGUCGGAGGGCUGCAACCGGGGUAACGGCAUCAGAGAUUCUGAAAGAGAUAUGCAAUUACAUAAAGAGGCUAAAGAGAGAGGUGGACGGCCUAAGUCAGAGACUCUCGGAACUAAUGGCUUCUAUCGGUACCAACAGUCGUGAGGAAGAAAUCCUAAGAAGUCUACUUAUGCAAGAAUAACUUCUCCUCAAACAUCAUAAGAAGUGUGAUUAUGCCAGAAUAGCUUCUCUGUGUUGUG